AUGCAUACUUCAAUUCAAUAUCAAAUGGAUAAAUCAGCCCUCAUGUCCCGGUGUUGCUACGAUAACCACCACUUCUGCUUUGCGAUUCUCUUCUCCAUUCUCUUCUGCUCUUUAUUCUUAUCCUUUCGUGCUCCCAACCACGCACUUACAUUCAAACAACUCAACCCAUCCAACGCCAAAAAUCUCACCACCAACACUCAUUCCUGCAUUGGCCGCUAUGUUUACAUUCACCAACUCCCUUCCCGCUUCAACAAUUACUUGCUUCACAACUGCCACUCCCUUACCAGAGGCACUGACAAACCCAACAUGUGUCCAUACAUGCAAAACAUGGGCUUAGGUCCUCAGAUUGCCACCUCUCAAGGUGUUUUCACCAACAACAGUUGGUAUGCCACCAACCAAUUCUUGUUGGAGGUCAUUUUUCACAACAGGAUGAGGAAAUAUGGCUGCUUGACCAACGAUUCCUCCUUGGCCUCUGCAAUCUUUGUCCCAUUUUAUGCUGGUCUUGACGUUAGCCGUUUCCUUUGGCUCUCUAAUCUCACAGAUAGAGACUCCUCUGGUCGAGAUCUUGUUCAAUGGCUCGCAAACAGACCCGAGUGGAAGAAAAUGUGGGGCAGAGACCAUUUCCUUAUUUCUGGGAGGAUUGCUUGGGAUUUUAGGAGACAACGCGAUGAUGAGUCCUAUUGGGGUAGUAAGUUCAGAUUUCUUCCCGAAUCCAUGAACAUGUCCAUGUUAGCAGUUGAAGCAAGUUCGUGGAACAAUGACUAUGCAAUACCCUACCCAACUUCUUUCCAUCCCUCAAAAGACACUCAAGUUUUGCAAUGGCAGAGAAAAAUCAGACAACAAAAGCGGCCGCACUUGUUUACUUUCACUGGAGCUCCAAGGCCUGAACUUGAAGGUUCUAUCAGGGGUAAGAUAAUAGACCAGUGUCGAGCUUCGAGUGUUUGCAAAUUCGUCGACUGCAGUUAUGGUAUAGAGAGAUGUGACGAUCCCAUCAAUGUUAUAAAGGUGUUUCAAAGUUCUGUGUUUUGUUUGCAGCCUCCCGGUGACUCGUACACCAGAAGGUCCAUAUUUGAUUCUAUGUUGGCUGGUUGUAUUCCCGUUUUCUUUCAUCCUGGCAGUGCUUAUUCACAGUACAAGUGGCAUUUACCUAAGAAUAGGAGUAGUUACUCUGUGUAUAUACCCGUGAAAGAUGUAAAACAAUGGAAUGUCAAUGUCGAACAGGUGUUGCUGGGAAUUCCAGAGGGUGAUGUCUUAGCUAUGAGGGAGGAGGUUAUAAAGGUGAUUCCAAAUAUUAUUUAUGCAGAUCCUAGGUCAAAGUUAAAUAACUUUGAAGAUGCAUUUGAUUUAGCAGUAAAAGGAAUGCUUGAAAGAAUAGAGAAAGUGAGGGAAGCAACGAGGAGAGGCAUAGAUCCUAGCAUUGGUUUUGCAGAUGAAGACCAUUAUAAAUAUACAUUUUCACAAAAUUAA